ACUAUUUGCUACUAUCCUAAAGACCCCUCAGCCAAAAGAGCACCCAAAACCACUGGAUUUUAACAAAACUAUAUUUUCAACAGAAUACAUUUUUUGUUGUUAAUGUGUUACAUCAAAAGUACUGUGAAAAUUGUGCCUUAUUGGAAAGACUGUGCUUGUGUUUUGAUCUUGUUGAACUUUUUGUUGACAAAGACCAAUUAAUAAAAACAAAAACUGUUUGUGAGUCAUCGAACAAUAUUGUCGAUGAAGCACGUGAAUUUCUGUUUAUAAAAGUGUUUUAAGUUGAAGGAGAAAAAUUGUGAUUGCAAAUUUGUCCUAAAUGGUGGAUUAUUUCAACUACAAGAUGUCUGGAAGUGACGACGAAUUUGAACCCCAGUCUCAGUCCGGGAUGUCGAAGGCAGAAUUAAGAAGGAGCAACAAGCCAAUCAUGGAGAAGCGAAGACGUGCAAGGAUAAAUCAGUGCCUGGAUGAGCUAAAGAGCCUUAUACUGGAAGCAAUGAAAAAAGACCCAAGCAGACACUCGAAGCUCGAAAAAGCAGACAUCCUCGAAAUGACAGUGAAACAUUUGCAGACCGUACAGCGCCAGCAACUCAGUACCGCGGUCGCAACUGACCCGGCAGUGCUGACCAAGUUUCGGUCAGGGUUUUCCGAGUGUGCAACCGAGGUGUCACGGUACGUGAGUCAUCUGGAGAACGUUGAACCAGCUGUCAAGCAACGUCUGGUCUCUCACCUCAACAACUGUGUAAGCCACCUUCAACAGGUUGCUCCCUUCUACAGCCACUACGUGCCAUAUAUGCCAGAACGACUUUAUCCUGAAGUCAAAGUCGGUUUCCAAAACGACUUCCAAAACGGAGAUGAAAACAACAAUGGCAGUGCAAGAAUACAAAUUCCAAGUGGUGUCCAGCUCAUACCAAGUCGCCUACCAACUGGAGAAUUAGCUCUGCUGGUUCCACAAUCAGCCGGAAUUUCUGCCAAUUUUCCCUUCUUUCCGCCAGCUCCGGAAAGUUCAGCGAGAAUCGGUCAGUCAUCAGCAUUUACAGUAGUUCAACGACCCCAUAGUCCACUUCUAAGCCCAUCAACUUCGACAUCUAGUUAUGACGAGAGCCACCAUUCUGAACAUUAUCCACAUGCGCAAUCUCCUAAUCACCAUCAGUUCAAGGUUCCUGAACAGAGUACAGCAUCCUCGAAGAGCUUUUCAUCCCCGGAGACUCAGAAGCCUCAGAUCAGUUCUUCAAGCGAUAGGAAGUCACCUAUUCCAGUUUUUGUUGAACCUAAAACUGAUAUCAGUACUCCGGUUAGGAGGGAGUUUGUGUCUCAUGAAACUGAUGGGAUGGUCAAUGGGUCAAUAUCGCACAUUUCUAGACAACCGUUGUCAGUUAUCACUGAUAAGACGUACAAUCGGGGACCACUUUCAAGAAAAGAGGGUCUUAAAAGACACCAUUCAGAAGGUCUUCUGUCAAUAUCUGAAAAGAGGCCAAGGUACCAGGAACCGUCGAGUUCUGUUGCUUCGACGAGUGCCACUGUUGGUUGCUUCAGGAUAAAUGGAGAUCAUGCAGCUUCAGCAGAAGAUCUGUCAGGGAGGAUUAGGUUAGAAAGAGUAGCCAAUGGUGAUGCAAGACACUAUGCUAAUGCUGGCCCCUCAAAUGGAGAUAUGUGGAGGCCAUGGUGAUUAAGAUUAAUAA